AUGGCAACCUCAACCUCAACCUCGCCGCCAAUGGAGCCGUUAGACGCCCUCCAAUCGCUCAUCAACGAUGUGCUCGUACAAACUGGCAAAGCUCUGCGGGCCUCUCGCAGAGACGCUCAGGGGAAUCUGACGCAUGCUUAUGGGCCUACACAGUCAAAGCUGCCAGACACCAUCGAUCACUUUCACAAUGCGCUCAACGAGCUGGAAAGUGAAAUUAUUAUGGCCAAGUCAGUCUUGCUCAGAGAUUACAAUGAGCUACAAGAAAAGAAGAAGAAACUCUUGGCUCGGCCCACACCUCAGCCCGUCGAGGCACAAGCAAAGCGACCCCCAAACACGGAUCUGCCCUCACCGCCAGAGCCCAUUUUCAAGGACGAACCCAUGGUAGAGGACACAGACGUGAAGCCUAUGGCGCCAUUCCCCAACAUGAGCAUCGAUCUUGCCGAACCCGAACCCAUUGACAUGUCCAUCAAGGAGCCCAAUGGCCAGCAAUCGCAACAGCAACCACCUCCUCCAGGCGGGAUGAACGGGCUAAACGGAAUGGCUAGUCCAGGGGAUAAAAAGCCCAUUGCAGACAUGCUUCCUGAACCUGCCGGAUCAAACCAACCACCAGUGUUACCGGAGGCUUCCGGGAUGAAUUUUACGGACAUGGAAUUUACUCUUGCGCCGCCGCCGGGCAACGAGGUUUCCGGGCAACCAAGCGCCUCCAAAGAGCCAUCCUUCGAUCUAGCUACCUUUGCACCAGCCGACGGCGGCGACGACCUUUUGAAUCUCAACCACCUUCUACCCGCUGACCCCAGCGGUUCGGCCGCACAGGCCAACCCGGGCCAGGUAAAGAUGGAGGACGUCAAGGUCGAGGUACCCGACGCAACCAUGAAUACCGACUUCUUUGGCCCGGAGUCUGGGGCCGCCGACGGGAUGGACUUUGACUUUAGCCUUGGCGGCUCGGGAGACGAUACUUUUGACGACCUUAUGAACAACCGCGACAGCACUUUUGAGCUGAUGGAUGCUGGUGGUGACUUUGACACGGCGUUUUUCGGGCUCGACAAGCCGGAUGAGAAUCCUGCGUGA